AUGAUUGUUAGUGAGAUCUUCUUCGGCAUCGCAUCUGGUAUUCAGGAAACCUAUUAUGCAUGCCUUAUGGAGCCGGCACCCUAUGAGAGAAGGACUUUCUUUAUUGGCUGGAGAGCCUGUUACUGGUACAUGUGCGCAGUUGCUGCUGUUUCCUUCUUGCUCUUGUUCUUUUUCUACCAGCCGCCGAAUUUCGAGAAUAAAUAUCACGGCACAAAACGCCGACUCGAGCUGGCCGAAGAGAUCGAUUGCAUUGGGUUGCUUCUCUUUACCUCUGCCGGGGUUCUGCUACUUGUUGGACUAAACUUCGGCGGUCGCCGUUAUCCCUGGAAGUCAACAGAGACGUUGGUUCCGCUUAUUCUAGGUGCCUUCCUCUGGGCGGCAUUUGCAGUGUGGGAAUACUUGACAAAGUCGAAGCUCCCUCUGAUGCCUCGUCGAUUGUGUCGGAACAUCCGUUCGUGA